CGUCGAGGCCCGUUCCUCACGAACAGGAUUCCUUCCCUUUCAUCACCUCAGAGGAUCUUCGCCAUCGCACCACGAGUAAUCUUGCGUUCUACGUUCAAGAAGUCGCAAACCUCUAGCGAGGCUUCGCUACACCAGCCCACAAUGAAGAGCAAGCCAUUUCACCAAAUCCUACAAGCAAUCACGGGGUCUAGAGCCACGCGUCCUCACGGAACUCAACCACAGCGUUCACGAAAGCCCAAACGUUGCCCAAGGGUGUGCAAAACAUCUGCCAAGGCCGUAGCCAAGAAAUCUGCUCGUCGCACAAACGCUCAGAAUAAUCAAUCAGGACCUUUCAACUGUAUCUCAUGUGCGUUACCAGCCAAGUUUAGGACAAAUUGCGCAUACUGCUGCUUUCAUUGUCCUUCUUGCUUCAUCUCCAGUAUGGAGGACGAGUAUUGCGAGGGGUGUGCAGGAGAGUGGUUCUCUUACUCGGACAAACCUCCUUUUACCGACGCGAACCUCCCAAGGCCUGACGGGAGAAGAAUGCAGGACCCAUUUCCACUACCAUAAUAAAACUCAUAGCUUAGUCUUAGAUGAGCAAUGAUUAGCGGCG